GGGCCGUCCCCAGACUCGCACACAGUCCUCCCUCGACCAACCCCUCGCCUCCCGAAAUAUUCCUGCUGCCCCGCAAGGUGGCCCGCGUGGCGGACGCCGAGAUCGAGCUCUUCGAGCGGGACCUGAUCCUGGAGAUCCGCGGCUCGAAGCUGCAGCGCCGGCGCGCCAAGAAGUACGCGGAGGGAGUCAUGGCGCAGCGCACUGGGCCCGUCACGAUCACCGACGACUACGACGACGGCGACCUGACCAUGCUCUACGUGCCCCAGGAGGCCGUCGGGUUCGUGACCGGCCGCGCCGGGAACUUCCUCCGGACCAUCGAGGAGGAGUGGCAGACGCUGAUGUUCUUCUGCGAGGUGGGCCGGGGCGGCCGCGACAAGGAGUACGAGAAGCUCGCCAUAUUCGGGGAAGUGCGUGGGCGACGUGGCGCGGAGCUGAAGGUCCUCAGUGCGGUGGAGACGAAGGUGCCCGGCUACUUUGACAAAAUCAAAGACGAAGUCCUCCGACGGGACGAAGGCAAGGGCGACGACCGCACCUGGGGCACGGACUCCAUGACAUUUCAGGACGACGAGCUGUCGUACGCCCUCGGCAAGCAGGGCAGUACCCGGAAGAAGCUUGAGAGGUCGUCGGGGGCGAUCGUGCAGUACAUCCGGCCACACCGCGCUGUUCUCUGGCCCCAAGAAGGAGAGGCGCCGCGCCAAAGAGUACAUCAAGUGGCUCUUCUUGCAGCUUGAGGG